AUGUCUGCCGAGGAAGGUAAGUCACCAUGGCUGCCAACAUUACUGAUAUUGACUGUGAUCCAAGCCUCUGCUUUUGUGUCAGUUACUGUUCUGCAGUUCUGUGCUUUGGAUGAUAUUGAGGAUAUUGACAUUGGUUUGGAAAACAGAAUAAAAUCAUGGACGUUAUCGCAGGAAAGAUAUAAAAGGGAAACUCACGAUAAGAGAUUUUUAAAUGGUAUUUUGACUGAUCUUUUACUACAACAGGAAAAGAUUCUUGCUCAGCAUUGUGUUCAUAAAGACCAACCGUGUCAACCAGGAGACAACGGGGACAAAGGCAAACAAGGAGAUAAAGGUGGGAAAGGUCAACCAGGACCAACAGGAAGAAAGGGCGAUCAAGGACCCUAUGGACUUCCAGGACAGAAGGGAGAAAUUGGUUCAAAUGGGGGACAAGGAGAAAAAGGUCUUCCUGGUGACGUUGGAGAUAUAGGUCCACAGGGACCGAAAGGAAUGAAAGGAGAUCCAGGACCAAGAGGGUUCAAAGGUCAAAAUGGUUUUCAAGGAUUACAAGGACAAAAGGGUGAGACUGGUUUGCCUGGAUUAAAAGGAGAUCCUGGAUUACUUGGUGAAAUAGGUAUGAAAGGAGACAGGGGGAUGCCUGGACCAAAAGGUCUUCCUGGCUCUAAAGGAGAACCUGGUCCAGUGGGACCACCAGGGAAAGACUCCAAGAUGUUGCAGGAUGGUUGUGAAUGUCUGAAACCGCCGAAAUUUACGAAUAAUUCUGCACACCAUGUAUAUGUGUAUGGUUCCAACAAUUCGAUUCCAUGUUUUUUUACGGGAAACCCCAAACCCACAUUCACUGUUACCAAGGUUACCAAUGACGGCUCCUCUGCUGGUACUCGCUACAAAUGUGUGGCUACAAACCCCUUCGGAUCAGCAGAAUACUAUGUCAACGUUGAACUUGGAAAGCCUCCUAAAAUGAUUAUAACUCCUACAGACCUCAGUCUUGGACAGGGUUUGACAGUCGAACUUGCGUGUUCAGCUAGUGGCAAACCAAAACCGCAAAUAUUUUUCUAUCAUGACGGCCAUCUUGUAAAUACCACGAGUCAUUAUUUCGUCAAUGACGGUCACCUGACAAUCAGAAAUACCGUACCAGGUGAUAGCGGAAUUUAUUACUGUUUGGCCAAAAACGAACUCGGAGAUGCUCAAUCAGUAUCUUGGAAACUUACAAUAUCUUAA